CCUUCUCACCCGGAGCAGUUGCCCAUGUCUCUUGUAUAUAAAGCCCCAGCCAUCUCCAUCGCCCCGGACCCCUGGGACCAAGAGUACUAGUACAAUACGGUCUGGACACUGCCGGGGACACAUAUCCUGGUCUAGCUUUUUGCUCUACUUCAAGAAGACCCUUUACCGCUAUUCUGAGCCAACGCCUAUCUCUGUCAACUUUCCCAUUCACUUGUCUUUCUUCUUCUUUUUCUCUCCUCCGCUACAGCCUGGCAUGGCUGGGGGCUUCAACCCUAUCGACCCGGCGCGAUGUGACCACUACGCUGGUUUCGCUUCGCAUCUGGACCGGAGGUCCUUCGACUUCAUCUACUGGUUCCUUUUCGUGGCGGUGAUAUGCAUGUUGUUCCUGUCCUCAUGGAAAUACAGCGGUGACCUCGACAAGAUCCAGGCCCGGGGCUGGGGGCCCGACUCUCACGGGUACAGGAAGAAAAUGAAGACAUGCUUGGCCGUCUGCGGUGUCUAUGCCGCCAUAUCCGUCGUGGCCGUCGUCAUGGAAGUCUAUGCCCUCAUGGCGUUGCAGUUCUGCGACGGCGAGGAUCUCAUGCCGCUCUACUGGUCCACUUGGACCAUGAUGCAGGUCGGCUCGGUCAUUGCCAUCUUCGGCAUCCUGCUCGCCAUCCUCAACAGCCUGCGGGGGAGGAAGAACCCACCCUGGGCACUGGCUCUCGGCACGCCGGUGCUAGUCGUUGCAGGCAUAGGUCACGCAGUGCACGGCGCGAUGCGCAAGCGCGUCCAGCGUGUGCGAUCCAGAAGCCGCGGCAGGAGGAGGGCAAUGUCCGCCAGCAGCUCCAGCCGUGGACUCGACACCCUGUCCAUGAGCAGAGAACAAACCCUCCGCGCAGAAGACAGCGAAAAGGAAGAAGGCGAGAUUUCGGCCAAGUUCCUCGGCUUCACCCGUGAAGGCGCGCCCAUCAUCAAGUUUGAGGACGACCCGGGCAUGCUAGAGCCUGACCACGCGGUAGUCAUUGGCCGGGGCGAUGGACACGUCAUCGUGGCCUUCAAGAAGGCCAUGACCAUUGUCAACAACAACGGGAGCAGCGGCAACAUCGGCAGCAACAACAACAAGAACACCAACAACGGCAGUCCCACCAACCCCAGCAGGCUCGGCGGUGCUCUCUCAGCGGAUGCGGCUGCUGCUGAGCCCCCGAGCCCGAACCCGAACUCGAGAUCGGGUGCUGCUGCUGCUGCUGCUGCUGGUGGUGGUGGUUCUAGAACGACGCCCUCCAGACCGAGGUCACCGGUCGUGAGGAUAGCGACGCCGCUCCCUACCGGGACCGAGUCGGGAGGACAGUCCCCGCGUGACAACGGAUGGCUGACUUGACCUUGACCCUUGGCGUGUGCUAUAUGAUACGAAUCUCUCUCCAUGAUUGGCUCUACGGUACUACAGCAUCUAUUCCACUGGCGCUGGACACGGGGCACUGGACACGGGGCACUGGGCACUGGGCGGAAGUUUUGCCAAGUAUGAAGCGGCAUCAUGAUCUACAUACCAGGGGUUGUUGGAUUUGUUUUUUUUACGGUUUAUUAUCUUAUCUCUUGGCAUUGUUAGGUAGCAAGAUACUACAUUACAUUACGAAUAGGUAAGCAAGCCCGUUGUCGCAAUACAAUCCCCGAUCACAGGC